AUGAACAUUUCGGGGACGCUGAACGUGUUCCGCCUGCUCAGAGAUCCAACACUAUGUCUCCCGCAACACACUGUCUCCACCUUUAACCACCUCCCAAUCCCUCUAUCUAAAGCAUUCCCAAGGAAGGAUGGGGCAAAGAUUGGCAAGGAGGUAGACAUCCAGGCUGUUGUACUUGACAAAGACAACUGUUUUGCGGUGCCGCACACGAAUGAGCUGCAUCCACCUUAUCAUCGCCUGCGUCAAGCCUACCCGGGCUCAAAGCUUCUGAUAGUUUCCAACACUGCAGGUACAGACUCCGACAAGCAGCAAGAGGAGGCCACUGCUUUGGAAGAGAACACUGGCAUCAAGGUGUUGAGACACUCUACCAAGAAACCUGGCUGUAAGGAAGAGGUCAUGACUUACUUCAGGGCACAUCCUGAUGCUGGCGUAACAAGGCCCGACCAGAUUGCCAUUGUUGGCGAUCGUUUGUCCACUGAUAUCAUGAUGGCAAACAUGAUGGGUAGCUACGGGGUCUGGAGCUUCGCUGACUUCCAGCAAGUUUGCCAGGAUGGAAGAUAG